AUCAACUGUCAAAAGUAUCUUGAAAGCAGCUGUACUUGUAUCGUACGUGUUUUCAUUCGAUCGAUUGUUAUUUUAUCAAAAAUGGUAGUGUGAUACGGUGUUGACAAUAAUCAUAGAUGUGAUAAACGAAACAUGUCCAGCCGGCGUUCGUUGCUCGGUUCGGCUCUGGAUGCUUUACCAGCACCAACGGACCCACUACGGGAGUUGUUCGAAGCUUGCAAGACAGGGGACGCAAAUCGAGUUAAAAAGUUGAUUACACCACAAACUGUGAACGCUAGGGACACAGCUGGUCGUAAAUCAACACCGCUACACUUCGCUGCAGGAUAUGGACGCAGAGAAGUAGUGGAACUGUUAAUAGCGGGUGGCGCAGCGCUACAAGCAAGAGAUGAAGGAGGACUGCAGCCGUUACACAAUGCCUGCUCCUUCGGUCAUGCGGAUGUUGUUAGAGCUCUGCUAACAGCCGGAGCACCCCCAGCGGCUAGAGAUAACUGGGGCUACACACCCUUGCAUGAGGCAGCAGCUAAAGGGAAAGUGGAUGUUUGUAUAGCGCUCCUUCAACAUGGAGCUGAUCCAAACAUAAGGAAUACUGAAGGCAAGACCCCGCUGGACCUCGCAGAUGCUGCCACAAGACCAGUGCUUACUGGCGAGUACUGCGCGGCUGAUGUGUUAGAGGCAGCUCGUGCUGGUGCAGAUGAGCGUCUUGCGGCAUUAUUGACACCUUUAAAUGUGAACGUACACGCGGGAGAUGGUCGCCGGUCUACUCCGCUGCACCUCGCUGCGGGGUAUAACCGAGCUCGUGCUGUACGGUUGUUGCUGCAGCGAGGUGCUGAUGUACAUGCUAAGGAUAAAGGUGGUCUAGUCCCUUUACACAAUGCUUGUUCCUACGGUCAUUAUGAAGUGACCGAGUUGUUGGUACGAGCUGGUGCUGAUGUGAACGCGACAGACUUAUGGGCAUUUACUCCGCUGCAUGAAGCCGCAAGUAAAGCAAGACUUGAGGUAUGUUCACUACUACUAAGUGAAGGCGCGGACCCCACGUUGCUGAACUGCCACGGAAAGUCCGCGCUCGAUGUCGCCCCUACACGAGAACUGCAGGAGAGACUCGCACUGGAAUAUCGCGGACAUUGUCUGCUGGAGGCGUGUCGUCUCGCGGAGCCGGCGAGAGUCAAGAAGCAGUUGACUGUCUCACAAACACAGCAAUGUGUGUCUCGCGAGGGGUGCGGGCAGUCGCGGGGCGGGGGCGGGGGCGGGGGCGGGGGCGAGGAGACAGAAACUCUAGUGAACUUCGCACACCUCAGUACCGGAGACAGGCCGCUGCACUGCGCUGCAGCGAGUGUGUACCCCAAGAGGAAACAGGUGAUGGAGAUAUUGAUCAGGAAAGGCGGCAGAGUGAACGAGAAGAACAAAGAAGGUCAGACUCCAUUGCACGUGGCUGCGGAACACGCGCAUAUAGACGCUAUGGAUUUAUUAUUGAGACAUGGUGCGAAAGUGAACGUAUGCGACGUCCGCGGCGAGAGCGCGCUGUGCGUGGCGGCGCGCCGGGACAGCGCUGGCGCGUGCCGCCUGCUGCUGGCUUGCGGCGCUGAUGCGGCUCCCGACCGCCCUGAUGAUGUACAUGAUACUGGUAGAUCUGAAACGGAUGUACUCGAGGUCUCUACUGAUUCUCUUGAUGACCAGUACAUUGAUGCGUUCGCGAAGGCAGCAGCACUACGUCUACUGGAAGCGGCUCGUACAGGCGACGUGGAGACAGCUCGUGCAUUACUGGACUCCAGACCUGGGCUGGUCAAUUGCAGAGAUGUGGAUGGAAGGCAUUCAACACCGCUACACUUUGCUGCAGGUUACAACCGUCUCCCUCUCGCGCAAUUGUUAUUGCAGAGAGGGGCUGAUGUCCACGCGAAGGAUAAAGGUGGUCUAGUCCCCCUCCACAAUGCGUGUUCCUACGGUCACUACGAGGUGACGGAGCUGCUCGUGUCGGCUGGGGCGGGGGUGAAUGCGGCGGAUCUCUGGCGGUUCACACCCCUACAUGAGGCCGCAGCUAAAGGCAAAGCGGAUAUCGUAAGAUUAUUGCUCAAGCACGGCGCCGACCCUACCCGUCGUAACCGCGACGGUCUCACGCCGCUGCAGUUAGUGCGAGCGGGCGACUGCGACACCGCGGACGCGCUGCGAGGCGACGCGGCCUUACUUGACGCAGCUAAGCGCGGGGACCUCGCUAGAGCAAAGAAACUGAUCACAGCACAAAAUGUCAACUGCAGAGACGCACACGGCAGGAACUCCACGCCGCUACAUCUUGCUGCGGGUUACAACAACUUAGAAGUAGCGGAAGCAUUGCUAGAAGCAGGGGCGGCAGUCUCCGCACGUGACAAGGGGGGCCUAGUCCCCUUACAUAACGCAGCCUCGUACGGACAUUUGGAGUUGGCAGCGUUACUGCUGCGUGCGGGGACUCCGCCCAACGCCGCCGACAGGUGGGGCUUCACCCCGCUACAUGAAGCAGCACAUAAAGCUCGCACGCAGCUCUGCUCCUUACUGUUGGCGCACGGCGCGGACCCUUUUUUAAAAAACCAAGAAGGUCAGACCGCAUUAGAGUUAGCGGGGGCUGAUGACGUGCGCUCGCUGCUGCAGGACGCGAUGACGGGCGCGGCGGGGGGCGCGGCGGGCGCGGGGGGCGUGUCCGCGCAGGCCCCGCCCCCGCCGCCGCCCGCCCCGCCCCGCCUCCCUAUACGACUGCCUUCAGGAGAAACUGCAACAUUAGCACCACCGGUUAUGCCGUCAAACUACUGGGCGGAGGGUUCGCGUGGCAGCUUGGAAGAUGCAGCCGGUAGACCUGCAUCAGCUCUCUCCACCUCCGAAUCCUUGCAGACCUUCCUUACUAGGAUCGGCCUGGAGCAGCUGUGGGGCGUGCUGGAGCGCGAGCAGAUCUCGGUGGACAUCCUGUGCGAGAUGUCGCACGAGGACCUGCGCGCGGUGGGCGUGGCCGCGUACGGACACCGCCACCGCCUGCUCAAGGCCGCGCGCCUCGCGCUGCACGCCAACACGGAAUACUACGGGGGCACGACAUUAGUGGAGGUGUUGCCGGAGGAGUGUGGGGCGGGGGCGGGAGCCGGGGGCGAAGUGGCCGGGGGCGAGGGGGCGGGGGCGGGCUGCUCCGGGGGCGAGUACGGCAUGCUGGAGAGGGAGAUGCAAGACUCUGUUCGCGCCCAUAGAGAUCAUGUCGGUGGACAGUUCUCUAAAUAUAGAGUUGUUAGGAUACAAAAGAUAGUGAACGGCCGCCUGUGGGAGCGCUACCAGCACCGGCGGCUGGAGGUGGCGGAGGAGGCGGGCGCGCACAACGAGCGGAUGCUCUUCCACGGCUCGCCCUUCAUCAACGCCAUCGUGCAGAAGGGAUUCGAUGAACGACACGCUUAUAUCGGUGGUAUGUUCGGCGCUGGUAUAUACUUCGCGGAGCAUUCCUCUAAGAGUAACCAAUAUGUGUACGGCUUCGGAGGAGGCUCCGGCUGUCCAGCCCACAAGGAUAGGAGCUGCUACCUCUGUCAUAGACAGAUGUUGCUGUGUCGCGUGACGCUGGGGCGGGCAUUCCAGCUGUCCAGUGCGAUGAAGAUGGCGCACGCGCCGCCCGGACACCACAGCGUGGCGGGCCGCCCCAGCCACGGCGGGCUCUGCUUCCCCGAGUACGUCGUCUACAGGGGGGAACAGGCUUAUCCCGAAUAUUUGAUAACAUAUCAAAUAGUUAACGAAGAGAACACUGGCUCAGUGUAA